GUUUACAAAGUUUGUAGUUUAGAUUUAAUUUCUUCUUCAAGUAGCUUGUGUGCUUAUUUAUGAAUAAAGCAAAGCUAUGCAGUAUUAUUCUCAAACUUUCAAGUACAAUACGAAGUAUACAAAACCUGAUGUGUGCAUUUUCGAAAAUUAAUAAUUAUUCUCACUUUUUACAUUCAUUCUUUUUUCGAUCACGUGGUUGCAAGCAUAUAGGAGAGCAUUUCCAAGUUUUCUGUGAAAAUCAUGAAUUUAUUUACAGAAAUAAAAGGAUAUAAUGAAAUAAACAGUGAUUCCCUAGGGAAUUACAUAGUUGCACUUUUAUGUAUAACUAUCGAGUGAUUUAUUAGUGUUGGCAUCACCACUACCACCAGAAUCAUAGCUGCCACCUCCGCUUCUACCUCUCUCCAAACUCGAUUACCUACGACUUGAAGAGUGAAAGAGAAGGAGGGAACAAGAGAGAGAGAGAGAGAGAGAGAGAGAGGAUCUACGCUUUGCGCAAAAGUUACGCCGGAGCGAGAAACAGUGAGGUACACCGCGGGGACCGGAAGAGACCCUUUCUCUGAGAGUACGUUUUCGAAGAGAGACCGCCAAACUCUCUUAUUUUUUUAAGACCUUGUGAAUGUCUUUCUUUUAAUAAUACUUUUUCUAUUAGAUGCACUUUUUUCUAUGAUUGGAAUUUUUCUUUCAAUCUCUAUUCAAACCAAAUUCUAAGUAUUAUUGUGUAUUUCCGUCUGUAUGGAGGGCAAAACCUUCUUAAAAUCACAGUGUUAUUAUUUCUUGAAGCUCCAUUCAAUUCAAUUAUAGUGAAGACACGAGGAUCUGUGACAUAAAAGAGCGCAAGCGCAAUAGUGUUUAUACUUUUUGAAACGUUCCAGCUGCUAAAUUUUCAAUUGUGAAAUAAAAUUAUUAAUAGAGAUGGAACUAAUCUCUGAUUUUUUGAAAAUAAACUUUUAUUUUUGGUGUAUUGUUUGUGACAGUUUAACAAUGGUUAUAAGUUAUUAAGGAUUAAAGAAAGUUUUCUGUUUAAAAAAAAGCAUUGAAGCGACGAAACAAACCUCUUUUACUUCGGUUAUUGCUUGUACGUACCAGUAGAGCAAGCUGGUGUUGUGUAAGAGCUGAAAGUAAAAGUUGAAACCAUCGAGUUCAACUUAAACCGCGCGAGCGCGUUAAAAUCCGAUCCCGUGGAGGACAGAAAAGUAGCCAAAUAUCCCUUCCAGGUUGCCUUGCUUUCGCCACUGUCUCCAACUUUAUCGUUAUCGUAACCUCAUUGAUGUAUGUAGUUUAUAUAUACAGGCAUACAACAGGAAGUUAUUACAAGAGGAAGUGUAAAAGAGGCGAAGGUGAGGCCAGCCAGAGAAUUAGAAAAGAGUAGAGUAAGAAGAGAUUAUAUAACAAGAACGUAACUCAUCCUAACUGAAAAAAAAGUUGAAAGGUUUCUCCUGACACAGCCUAAAAAUAAAGCCAUCGUGCCCUUGAAGGAAAGUGUUGCCCACAGUUUCUUAAAAAUGAAAUGGGAAAAGAAUAAAUAAUAAAUCGAGGGAAUAGAAAGCUUAGUAGUGAAAGAUUGAUAAAAAAGAAUGCAGAUAGAUGGAAAUGUCUCUACGGUUGGCUGACCAUUGUAAUAUUUAAGCUUGGAAAGAAGACGAAUAAGGGUAAAAAAGAAGUGGAGAACGAGCGCAAAUCAAGUUGGAGGAGGAGGAGAAGAAAAAGAGGUAGAGAGAAAAAGGCCGGAAGUGGAAGAUUCAAGGUAUUGUUGAUCCGAGGACAUUUCGCGUUCUUGAGAAAGUAGACUGUUUUUGUAUUAAGAAUAGUCUUAUGUCUUUUGUCAGUUGACAUGGUAGAAUUAUUAUGUAUAUAGUAAUUGAGAAAAAUUUUAUACAAGUCGUGAGUGCAAGAAUUAAAAGUACUUAAAAAUGCUGAAAGAAUUAUAAAGGUGCGCGCGAAAGGAUAAGAGAAAGGAAUAAGAGCCACCUUCGAGUCCUUGAGUAUUUCCAACAGGUAAAAGUAUAGAAUCCAGCCGGCUGACCCUGGAGUGCCCAGAGCUGGAAAAAGUUCUACAUCGUCGUUGAUAUAACCCAUAGUUGUCGCAAGAUUCAGUUUUGACUAACUCUUUCUUAACCAUUUCGAAUUCAAGGACCAUUUCACAUUGAAUCAGCAAUUACAGAGUAGUGAUCUCACACAAGCUUUCUUAAAUUCCAAGUGUUUCUUAUUAGAGAGAAAACAAUGAUAAAAGCAGCAACUGUUAAGAUGAAAAUUUAAACAUUUCACUUCUUCACUCAAAACAUAGGAAAAGUGUACAUAAAGUUAAAGAUUUUCUAAAUAAAUACAAUCGCUAAAAAUUUACAAUAUAGUGUAAUGUGAUAGUGCUGCACGAAACUUGUAUAUAUAUAUAUAUAUAUUUUUUUUUAUUGUUUUUUUCUUCUUGGGGCCUUCCUCAAGACGAAUUCGCUGUUGCGGAGGUGCUCAAGUAUUCAAGCUCGAAUCUCAAUGUUUGUUAAGUGUCGUCAUCGUCGCCGUUGUGGCCGUUACCUCAAAUCUUUGAUUCUUUUCGGUUUGCGACGUGUUAGUGUGGAAUCGUUAAAAUGCAACAGUAUUUCGCAAACAUGGAAUAACAAUUCUUUUACUCCUUUUGGAUAGAGCAUUGGGAAUAUACAACUUACUAAGUGAAGAGGAAGAAAUCGGUUGAAGGGGUACACGAUAGGGAAAUAUUAACUAAUGGGAACUUAACUUAUGGGAGAUUCUACUUAUAACCAAUGCAAUUCACAUAGACAGUGGCGCCCUCACUUAGGUGAAAAUUUGUUGCAGGCAAUGUAUCCUGACGGUCUUUUGACACUUCACUACGGGAAGCAUCCCGCAACAUUAGCUGAAGAGGUCGGGGCAUGGUACUCCGGAGACCGCCACGUGGAUGUCACUCUUGCUUGUGAUGAUGGUUCUGUUGUGAAAGCUCAUCGCGUUGUACUAGCAGCAGCCAGUCCCCUCUUAGCUAAUCUUCUUCGAAAUCCUGCGCUGGAUCAUGUAGUACAUUUUUCUGGGGUUAGGAAGACUCAACUAAGUCACUUGCUUGAAUUUUUAUACAAUGGAGAAGCUCUUAUUCCGUCGACAGAGCUUACGCCAUUGCGGGAACUUUUUGAACUUCUACAAAUAAAGUCAGAGCUUUUCGAACCGAAUCAACAAAAUAGUUCAAAUAAUUCUGAUCCAGACCUUGUACCUACUCCUCAACCCUCAGAUGAACAAGAAAGUUCGAGUUAUGAGUCACAAUAUGAUGACAGGCAGUCAAACAAUCCUGCGGACUGUUGUUCUGUACUCAUUAAAACAGAAGGUUGUGAAGAAGAACCAGAUGUGGAUGUUGAAGGAGUUGAAGGUGAAUCUCUUCUUUCGGAUAAUAGGGAAAGUAGCAUAGAACCUCCACGAAGAAGGGAUAGUUCGGAUCCUGUAAAUCUAAGCCUUAAUUCUGGUGCUUCUACAACGAGUGAAAGUUCCCAUGAUAUUAUAAACAGGCCAGAAAAACCACUUUUAGAAAGGAGACAGUCACUUGAAGAACCAGAAGAGAGGAAAAGACAGCUAGCCGCUCGUUUAGCUCUAGGUCUUGAGCCAAUUAAGCGAAAACCAGAAGAGAUACCAAUUCCGCCUGCAGAAGCUUAUGUUGUGACACCACAUCGUAAACGAAGGCCAGGUUUCCAUAAUGCUCCUGCACAGAAUCCGGCAUUUGUACCUUUUAAUCCCGGUUUUGAAACACCGCGGAGGUUACAAGCUCCACAUCCACUUAGUAUAUCUGCUCCUCCGUAUUUGCAGGACAGAUCAGUUACACCUCCAAGUGCAUCUCAUCGACCUCCAUCAGCAGAUCCAGCUUCUGGAGCAAAUUUGGAACCAUCUUGGGGUGCCUGGAGUCUCCCUCCUGCCAGAGUACCACCUCCUCCAGCUACAGACGAUCCACCAAAAACCACACCAGUUCGCGAGUACCGUUGCAGCUAUUGUGGAAAGCAAUUUGGCAUGUCAUGGAAUCUUAAAACUCACUUGAGAGUACAUACAGGCGAAAAACCAUUUGCGUGUAGAUUAUGUGUGGCUAUGUUUAAGCAGAAAGCUCAUUUGCUUAAACAUCUUUGUUCGGUGCAUAGAGGUGUUAUUGCAGCUCCUGAUAACACUUUUACCUGUUGCUUCUGUUCUUUAAGCUUUGAUAGCUUACAGGAGCUCAUUAGGCAUCUUUCAGGUCCUCACAAUAAUUUGUUACUCAGUAAAAAUCUGCACGAUUAACGACAAAGUUGAAAAUAAUAUGGUUUAAGAAAAUCUCGGAAUUCCUGAAUCUUAUUUGACUCAUUAAAGUACAAAUUAUGCAUUAUGCCUCAAUAAACACCGAUACAUGUUAAACUUAUACAAUUAUAUAAUAAUAUACAAUUGAUAAAAUUUAUGUUUUAUAAGACGGUAAGAGUUAUGUUUUUAAUUAAGGGGAGGUUCUCAUUGCAGAGGCCAAAAUAAACACAAACUUUGACAAUUU